GGGACCCCACAUUCCUGCCUUCUUGAAGAGUGAUAGAUCAAUGAGGGCUUAGACCUGUUCUUUCUCCAGCGUACUGGGACAGGAAAGAACAAGUUUGUUAACAGAUCACUGCAGUAUAGUCUGACCAGGAGAGUUGUGUGUCUGAAGUGCUGAUGGAAUGCAGAGAAAGACCUGGCUAGAGAAGGUGGCGUGUGUUGCUGGGAACCAAAGUGAAGUGCCACAUUGGCAGCAGGUGCAGAAGGCACUCUCCAGGUCAAUGUGGGGCCAGGUCAGUUUAGGGCAAAUGUGCUCCUUUCCCAGUAGGUAGAGUGACCCUCAGCUGUGAGUGGGAAGUCAGAGGAGGUGACUUUGAGACUGAGAGGCAGAUUUUGAGUCUGAGUAAGGGAAUCUUGCCCCCUUUCUCAUCUUUUGAGCAGUGCUUUCCAUGGAUGUUUAUUCCUGAGAGCAGUGUGACGUUCAGGCAUUAGAAGUGUGGCAGCAUCUUUAGGCCUAUAAAGAAAUUCCAUCUGUUCAAGGAUUUAUGUUAGUUGUGGUCAGUUAUUAGUAAUAUACAUUCCUUGCUUGCAAGAUGGUUGAUCCACUAAAAGAGGUGGAAGAGUGGUUUAUUUAUUGCCUUGGUGUGUUUGCAGUCUAGUUGGCAGGACAGGCAGAUCUUUGUGUAGGAGACUCUGGGGCAGUGGGUGAGGAAGACCAUCAACAUGUGGAAGAGAUGCUUGGGUGGUCAGAACCAGGUCAAAGUGUUUCAGGGCAUGAGCCAAGAAGGGCUUCCUGGGUAAGCUGCUUGGGUAGGUAAUGACCAGGACACUCCAGUGUGUUUGGGGUGUGUCUGCCAUUUGGUCUGGUCACAUCUCUAAGACUGAUGUUGUGGAUGUGACUCACCACACCUCUGUAAGUGAGCAAGGGCAGCCCAGGGCUCUCAUUCCUAGGCUUCUCUGAUAACAAACAUUUGCUGGAUUACCCUAGCCAGUGGGGAAGAAAUCAAAGCUAGUCCAUGCAUCGUUCCCCCUCUGUGUGUGGGUGCCCAGUAUGUGUGCAUGUGGGCUCCUCUUCGACCGUGUCCAUGCUUGUAAUGGAGCAGCAGUGAGCUGUUCAUCUCUGGCAUGAGUCAGUAGUUUAUUUCUGCUCUGCCUCAUAGGAAUUGCAUUUAAAACAGCCAGUUCUUUCUGCUAAUUCUACAGAUUUGUUCACUGAGAAAAUAAGUUGUAGUAAAAAAAAAGCUUUGGGCUGAGAGUCAAACAACCUCCAGCCCCAUGAUUUUUGAUUUUUAUUAUGAAGGUUACUUACCUUCUCUGAACCUCAGUUUCUUCAUCUGUACAGUGGGAAGUUGGUAUAAAUGGUUUGCGUGGGUCACUGUCACUCUGCUCUGACACCUGUCUAUAAUUCUUUCAUAACCCUCUUUGCUUUUUCCCUUGGUAAAAGUUUAUAGGUAGUACUUUGGGGAAGAGUUCCCUUUCUGUCACUUGGGGAGGAGGGCUUUGUAGCCUGCUGGUACACCUUCCUGCGGAAUGCCUUGCCCUGCUCCAGCCAAGAUGUCUUGGCAGCCUUUCCUGUUUCUUUGUGUUUUCUAGCAUCCACAGAGGCAAAGACAAUGAUAUGAAGCAUCACUCUUGGACAGUGCUAUCUAAUAAGGUAGCUGCUAGCUUCAUGUAUCUACUUAAAUACAAUUAAUUAAAAUUAAAAAUGCAGUUCCCCCAGUGCCAUAGUGACAGUGCAGCAAUGUAACAUUUUUGUCAUCACAGACAGUUCUUAUAGACAAGCUCUGUGAGGGUCAGAGUAUUCUGUGGAAGCAUACGAUUUACUUUGCCUCCAAUGAACCUGGUGCAAGAAACCCUAGUCUCUCUUGCUGAACAGUGUUGCGCAUGUGGAAUGCUGUGGGUUACCUAGGGAGGAAAGGUCUUGUGGUGACCACCCUCAAUUGAUGACAAUGGCAUGGUGUGGAUGGGUGAGUGCUCCAGUCUUGCCAUGUGGGAGGGGCAUGCUUUACAGAGGCCAGUGGAAUUUGGCUCUUCUGUGUUUGGGCUCCUCUCUCAGAUGAAGAGGAGAUUGGGGUAUGUCUUCUGAAGUCUCUUUUAGUUUUGACAAUGUGUCAGACUACAUUGCCUGACAGUAUGUUUCAGUGCUUUAAAUGGGAUUCAUCUCUCUGGAUUCUCAAGUGCAGUUACUGGGUCUCUACCCAUAGAUCCAUCAAAACCCGCCAGAGGCAGAGGCUCAUGCCUGUAAUCCCAGCACUCUGGGAGGCCAAGGCAGGAGAAUUGCUUGAAGUCAGGAGUUUGAGACCAGCCUGAGCAAGAAUGACACUCUGCCUCUAGUAAACAUCGAAAAAUUAGCUGGGCGUUGUGGUGGUUACUACUUGGGAGGCCAAGGCAGGAGCAUUCUGCUCAAGCAUUCUAUGGUCUCAAGUUUGAGGUUCCUGUGAGCUAUGAUGACACCACUACACUCUAGGCAAGGGUUACAGAGUAAAACGGUCUCAAAAACAAAAACCACCAGGGACCUUUAAAAACAUCUUUUCCUGAGCCUCACCAGAUAUGUGGAUUCUAUAUCUGGGUGAAGUGAGAAAGGAUUCUAAUGUACAGCCAAAGCUGAGUCCACCAGGCCAGGCAAGCUCCCAGCAGUGGCUGUCCUGAAAGUGAGGCACUCUCUGCUGUGGCAUGCCCACUAUCUGGCAGAACCCUUAUGGAAAUUGAAAGGAGGCCAGCUGGCACCUACUUGGAGUGUGCUGUCCCCUUAGAGGACAGCUGUGUAUCCGUGUCAUGACCUAGGUGAAGUUCUCCAGAUCCUCCAGGCUGAUCCUCAGCUUUCUCCCCUCCCUUCCCCCAUUUCUAAAAAAAUUAAUUAGGCGGCGCGUAGCUCAGUGGAUAGGGCACCGCCCAUAUACACUGAGGCUGGCAGAUUUGAACCCAGCCUGGGCCAGCUAAAAUCGACAAUAACAACUGCAACAAAAAAAUACCUGGGUAUUGUGGCAGGCACCUGUAGUUCCAGAUACUUGGGAGGCUGAGGCAAGAGAAUAGCUUCAGCCCAAGAGUUUGAGGUGCUGUGAGUUGUGACACCGUGGCACUCUACCAAUGGCAACAUAGUGAGACUCUCAGAAAAAGAAAAACAAAAGGACAAACAAAAACCAAACUAUUGACGGUGCCUGUAGCUCAGUGGGUAGGGCACCGGCCACAUACAUACACCAAGGCUGGUGGGUUCGAACCUGGCCUGGGCCAGCUAAAUAAUAAUGAUGACAACUGCAACCAAAAAAAAUAGCUGGGUGUUGUGGUAGGCGCCUGUAGUCCCAGCUACUUGGGAGGCUGAGGCAAGAGAAUCGCUUAAGCCCCCAUGAGUUUGAGGUUGCUGAGACACUACAUCACUCUACCAAGCAUGACAGGGAGACUCUGUCUCAAAAAAAAAAUUGUUUGGAGACAUUCUUUCUCUAUCACUCAGACUAGAGUGCAGUAGCACAAACAUCACUCACUACAGCAGCUAACACUACAGCCAUUGCCACCACUCUGGGUUAAUUUGAUUUUAUGCAGACAGGAUCUCACUGUGUUGCCCAGGCUGGUCUUAAACUCCUGGGUUCAAGUGGUGCUCCCAUCUUACCCUCCCACAGUGCUGGGAUUACAGGCAUUAGGCCCCUCCCCGCCCUCUGCAGGCUUGUCCUCAGUAUUCUGAGAGGGACUCCUGGUGGAGAGGAGGAGGAACAAGGACAAGGAGGGUGGGGCUUGCUGGGCCUCACCUGCUCCUGCUCCAUGACUUUCUGGACUUUCUCUGUGAAGGGCGUUUUCUUUUCUUGGUGUGUGGAUACAGUCACCUACUUCUCUCCAGACUCUUCAGGGUGUCUCUCUCUGAAAGUGGGGGGUUUAGCUUCCCUUAAGACUGUCAUCAUCCUGGCCCCACAUACUAACUAUCAGAGUCUUUGGAUAGUCUGUGUGAAGCAGGGUGGGAGCAUCAGUAGCCUGAGUGCCUGUUUAUGUCUCUGACUUGGUGUCCUGACAUCUUGGGAAUGUGCCUGGUAUGCUUGGGGAAGGUCACCCUCCCUGCUGGCUGCUGGUUCACUGAUGGAUGAUAUGUGCUGACUCAGGCUUUGUCCUGCCCAAACUCUACUUCAGGAAGAGCUGGAGCACCUGAACCAAGCCAGCGAGGAGAUCAACCAGGUGGAGUUGCAGCUGGACGAGGCCAGGACCACCUAUCGGAGGAUCCUGCAGGAGUCGGCAAGGAAGCUCAACACUCAGGGCUCCCACCUGGGGAGCUGCAUUGAGAAAGCCCGUCCCUAUUAUGAGGCUCGGCGCCUAGCCAAGGAGGCUCAGCAGGAGACACAGAAGGCAGCGCUGCGGUAUGAGCGGGCCGUGAGCAUGCACAAUGCUGCCCGGGAGAUGGUGUUUGUGGCUGAGCAGGGUGUCAUGGCUGACAAGAACCGACUGGACCCCACAUGGCAGGAGAUGCUCAAUCAUGCCACCUGCAAGGUGAAUGAGGCAGAGGAAGAGCGGCUUCGAGGAGAGCGGGAACAUCAGCGGGUAACACGGCUGUGCCAGCAAGCCGAGGCCCGUGUCCAAGCCCUACAGAAGACCCUUCGGCGUGCCAUUGGCAAGAGCCGCCCCUACUUUGAGCUGAAGGCCCAGUUCAGCCAGAUCUUGGAGGAGCACAAGGCCAAGGUGACAGAACUGGAGCAGCAGGUAGCCCAGGCUAAGACCCGCUACUCAGUGGCUCUACGCAACCUAGAGCAGAUCAGCGAGCAGAUCCAUGCCCGGCGCCGUGGCCUGCCUCCCCACCCCCCGGGCCCGCGGCGCUCUUCCCCCGUGGGGGCUGAAGCAGGACCCGAUGACAUAGAGGACGGGGACAGCGGUAUCGAAGGGGCCGAGGGCGGGGGCCUGGAAGAGGGAGGCAGCCUGGGACCCAGCCUUGCCCCUGAUGCGGACACACUGAGCCUGCUGAGCCUGCGCACUGUGGCCUCUGACCUGCAGAAAUGCGACUCCGUGGAGCACCUGCGGGGCCUGUCGGACCACGCCAGUCUGGAUGGCCGGGAGCUAGGGCCCCCAAACAGUGGGCGCCGUGGCAGCGAUGGCGUGGUCCGUGGGGGCCGCCACCAGCGGAGCAUCAGCCUGUAGCCUGGCGGCCAUGGCCGCUGUAUUGACCGACUCUUCAGCAUGGGCCAGCUGAGGCCCCAGCUUCUCACUCCCCUCUCUGGGGUCCUGUCUUCCCUGAGGUUUCUUCUCUAAUGCUUCCCUGGGAGAAUCUAGCUGUGUUGGGGCCCAGGGCUGGCCUCCCCUGUCCUGCACAAGGCAGCUCUCUCCACCUGCUCCUCUUGCUCUUGGCGCUCCUCUCUCUGCAGCCUCAUGGUCUGCAGGGUGUGGACCCUUUGCUUUCCUCUUCAUCUGAGCCCACCUCCAUUUGUCUGGCUUUUCCCCUCAGGGAACUUGAUGUAGCAGGCAUAGGGACGCCCCCAAGAGAACAUGGGUGCUGGCCUGAGUGCCCUGCCCACGUGGAUGCACAGGUAACCUCCUGCUGGCUCCUCCCCUGCCUGGCCUCAACCCUGUUUCAGUUGACCAGCAGGCACUGUGAGCACCUGUGUGCCUCUGGAAGACACUGCCUUCCUCCCACAGUAGCUGUGCCCCAGGCUACUCUGCUGUGUGUGUCCAAAAGCAGAAUUUGAAGAAUGUGGCUGUCAGAGAGAGAAGCCUUGCUACGCAUCAACAUAAGAAAGAUCACCAACUCCAGACUGGCUCCUGUGGGCUAGGCAUUUCCCCAGCUGGGCUGGGUCCCUGACAUUGCCUGGGUGCUACCAGGUCCCUAGCAGGGUCCUUAUUGGGAGUGAAGAUGUGAAGAGGUCCUGGAGGCCUAGGCCCUGUCACUUCCACCUCAUACCCUUGUUUCUGUUUACUUUUUCUGGGUGGAGGGUACUGAGGCGAAUCUCAGCACCUCUUGCAGGGUGGGGUUAGGGAAUUUGGUGCUCUAUUGCUCUCCCUGCUCUUCCUAUACCACACAAGGCCUACUCCAGAGGACACCCUGAGGAGUGUCAAGCCUGGCUGUCUCUGGUGCAAGAAGAGAUUGGCUUGUUUGAGGGGUCCUACUCCCAACAGGGAGCCACCGCUCAGCAUGGCAGUGCCCCCAGGCUGUAUGUAGGGGGACCACAUCAGGUCUGGGUGCCUUGGAAGGGUGGGUUCCCUGGGAGAGCAGAGAGGUCAGAGGAGAUCACUGCUGCACUCACAGGUUCUGCUGGCACAGGGGGUGGUCACAAUGAGAGCCUCAGAGUUUGAGGUGGCCACAGAGAACAGAUGGGAGGGAGGGAGACAUGGGCGUGUGUGUGCAUGUGCUGGUGUGUGUGGGGAAAGGGCUUGCCCUGGUUUUAUUUAAAUAAAAUAGUUUAUGUAACAGCAACAGUCACUGUCCCUGUUGGGGGAGAGAAGAGAAGGGUGUGAGGAUGAGGCAGCAGCCAGAGUAGGGGAGAGCAGGGUGAGCUGUGGUGGCCAAAGGAGGGAGGUAGAGGGCCAGUCAAGCAAGGCAGAUGCUAUGAGGCCAUGAUUGGUGCUUACCAUAGGGCAGAUUAGACCUGGCCAUAAUGUGAGAGACAGGCAUCCCAGUGGGCUUGAUACAGGGCCUGCAAGGUGGCAUGGGUGUGGUUGGAGCUGAGGGUGUCCACUGAUACUUAAAUUUCAGGUAGACAACGACUUUUGUCCCCUGCAAUUAUGUGUUGUGUUUCUGAUUAAAAUGUAGGUAAGAAGCAACUGCAAAGUCAGGGUUUAAGUGUUUGGGAGAUGAGAGGGAGAUGUGAGUACAUUUGGACUCAUAGGUGGGAUGUGGAGGAGGGAUGUGAAAUCAGGAACCUCAGAAAUGAGCAAAAGAUUGUCUUGAGCUGCACUUGGGGUGUGCUGGUAUUCAGAGCUGGGUUAAGAGGGAUCAACCAGGGGAAGAGAUGCCACCAGGGUAGAGGGCUGGAAAUGUGAGAUGCCAAGAAGGGGCAAGGUAAAGGUCAAGAAUUGGAGGGAUACGAGUGAGCAGUGACCUUGGUAGCCUGGCACAUGAGAGAGGCCAUCUGGUGUGUGCAGUGUGUGACCUCAACACUCAGUAUGUGCCUUUCCAUAGGUGCUGUCCAGGUCCCUGAGACUGCCCUCCCUAACCUAGUAGACAGGUGCCCAGAUAGUUCCUUUAUUACCAGAAAAGCUGCUCUGAGAAUGUAUGGCUUAUGUUUUGGGGCUUUAACAACAUUUAAGAAAAUUGGAUAUAUUUAAGGUGUACAAAAUGAUGUUUCGAUACACAUAUUGAAAUAGUACUAUAGUCAAGAAAUCAGCAUAUCCCAUCAUUUUGAUACCUCCCCCCUUUUUUGUGGUAAGAGCACUCAAAAUCUAUUCUUAGUAAAUUUCCAGGAUAUAGUAGUAUAAUUACUAUAACAUAGUAUCUGGCUCAGCGCCUGUAGCUCAGUGGUUAAGGUGCCAGCCACAUGCACCAGGGCUGGUGGGUUUGAACCCAACUUGGGCCUGUUAAGCAACAAUAACAACUACAACAAAAAUAUAGCCAGGCAUUGUGGUGGGCUCCUGUAGUUCCAGCUGCUUGGGAGGCUGAGGCAAGAGAAUUGCUUAAGCCCAAGAGUUUUGAGGUUGCCGUGAGCUGUGAUGCUACGGCACUGCACCGAGGGCAACAUAGACUAUCUCAAAAAAACCAAAAAACCAAUGUGGUGGGUGGCUUGAUGAGAUGGUACCAUGGUGUUGACCUUCCCCACCCAGUUCGAGGCAGGCAGGACCUGUGAGGCUCCCAGUGUGGAGAAGCUCCAGAAAGGAAGGGCUGGACUGUGUAUACAAUUUUUCACAAAGCCUGGCCAGAGAAGAUGGGGUAGAAGAGGGUAAGAGCUGAUGGUACUUCAAGUAGAGAACUGAUGCCACAGCAGACCGACCCUGUACUCACCCUGUGCACCUCUCUCACUGGGGACACACAUCCACUAAGUCUUCACAUUAUAGGACAGACAAUACUGUGAUUCUCUGUCCACUGAUGAGAAAAUGAAGCACAGUGAGGGUACCUGCUGUCUGCAGCUUCUCACAGAAGGUAGUGGAGGGAGGUACUUCCAGUCUGGAAUCUAAACUCUUGGAACAGAGGUAGGAAGGUGGAGGAGUGGAUGUAUUCAUCUAGGAAGUUUUGCUGGGAAAGAAAACUGACAUAUGAGAAUUUCAGCUUCUUUGUCCAUCAAAAAGAAUCUCAAGGUUUUUUGGGGAGUUGGGGGGUGGGUCAGAGUCUCACUAUGUUGCCCUUGGUAGAGUGCUGUGGCAAAGAGUUUAAGCCCUCAAACUCUUAGGUUUAAGUGAUUCUCCUCAGCCUCCCAAGCAGCUUGGGACCAUAGGUGCCCACCACCACGCCUGGCUAUUCUUUGCUGCAGUUGUUUAGCUGGCCCUGGCCGCGAUGGAACCCACCACCCUCAGGGUAUGUGGCCGGCGCUGUACCCAUCGUGUUACAGGCGCUGAGGCCUCAAGGUUUUUUUAAAUUUGAGGUGAGCAAGAGAUGGUCAAGGUGGGAGGCAUGUGGAGCCUCCUCAUUCCUGUACCAUGAUAUGUCACAUGCCAUAUUGGUUAUGAGUUCUGAUCUGCACUUCCCAGGUGAGGGUCUGGGGCCUCAGUGUCUGUGCACCCAGCUCAGUAAAGUGCUUUUGCUUUUUGCCGCUACACUGGAGAGCUCUACAGGUGCAGCCAUUAGGAGGUCAGGAUUUGGUGAUACACCGUCCAGGGUCACAUCUCCACAUCUCUUGGAGGGGGUGGUGCUUGGAUUUCUCUCCACUACAAUUUUAUCUCCUAUAAAAUGGGAUGGUAUAGGUGUGUGUGCAUGAUGCUGUACUAGUGGCUCCUUGUCACAGUGAUUUUUUAUUUAAUUUCAGAUUAAUAAGAGGCUACAAAUGACUAGGUUACACAGUUCAUGGUAGCGUUCCAAUCAUAGUUGAGUCCUUCACCCAGAAGGUGUGCUACCCCCACCCUUAUGCCCCUACGUGGGCGCUUACUGAACCCCCUGCCCUGUGCUCUCCCCCCCACUUGAAUUUAACUGUGAGUCAGUGACUUUUUGUUGUUGUUUUGCAGUUUUUGGCCGGGGCUAGGUUUGAACCCACCACCUCCGGCAUAUGGGGCCGGCGCCCUACUCCUUUGAG